AUUGCAAUCUCGAUUUGUUAACUCUAGGAGCAAAUCCCCAAGUCCCAUAAAAUCAAACCCAAAAUUCAGGUGUGAUAAAUUCUCCGACACGAAAUUUCAGGGUUUAUGCCAUUUCAUUUUCCAGCUAAUUUCCUCUCAUUUUGCUCUGCUUCUCACUAAACCCCCACAACAAUGGCAUCCUUAACCCUUCCAAUGGAUUUAAUCACCUCCAUUCUCACCCGAUUACCCGCAAAAUCACUAGCUCGCUUCAAAUGCGUUUCAAAAACUUGGAAUUCCUUACUCCAUAGCCCCAAUUUCUCUAAACUUUACCUCGCCCAUUCUCUCUCCUCUGACCAUCGUCUUCUCAUCGUCAACUAUGGAAGUCACCUUGAAUCGACGCCAUUGAAGCGGAGUUCCAAGCUCGACAUCGCUACUACUAUUACUGCUACUUCAAGGUUUGAUUUACCCAAUUUAUUUUCCGGUUAUGAGUUUUCGAUUUGUGGGUCUGUUAAUGGGUUGAUAGCUUUGGUUUGUACAAAAGUUGAGAGCCCUCAAUUGUUGGAGGUUAUUUUGUGGAACCCAUCUACUAAUUUCCAUGUUGUACUGCCUCAUCCCCCUCCUGUUGAUGAGUUGCCUUCGGAAUUUAGGGGUGUUAGUUUCGGUUUUGGGUACGAUUCUUCUAUGGAUGACUAUAGGAUUGUGAGGAUUGCUGACUAUUUUAUUUCUAGUGAUUGUGGUAGUGGUUCUGAAAACGGCGGUGGUGGUGGUAGCGGGGAUGAAAAUGGCGGUUCUGGUGAUGGCGGUGGUGGUGAGGAUGGUAGUGACGGUGAUGGUAGUGGGGGUGAUGGUGAUGGCGGUGGUGAUCAUGGUAGUGAGGGAGAUGAUGGUAGUGUUGGUGGAGGAGGUGGUGAAGAUAGUGGUGUAGAAGAGGAUGGUGGUGGUGGUGAUGAUGGUAACGGCCGUGGUCGUGUUUGUCCAUGUUGUGGCAAUAACAAAUUUGGUUUUGUAAUUAGGGAAGUAAUGGUAUAUAGCUUGAGAGAUAGACAUUGGACACUAGUUGAAAUAGGAUUUCAUGGUGAAAUAAUGUCAUGGUUUUGCCCUGGUGCAGUCAUCAAGAACAAUUUAGUUCACUGGAUCUUUUGGGAACUUGCAGAGGGAAAGCCUCGGCUUCGAGGGUUUGAUCUAUCCUCUUUGAAGUGGACUGCUGCCAAUGAUUUGGCUUUGCCUGACUUGACAGGAACAGAGAAAAAGGGUUGUGAAUCUGAUGAUAAUGAUGGUGAUUCUUUUUCUGAUUAUAAACUUACGCCUAAUGAUAUUGUUGUGUUGGGGGUUUUAGAUGAAUGCUUAUGCCUAGUGACUCGAAUUUGCCCCGAGUUUCAUGAUGUCUAUGUUUGGGUGAUGAAAGAGUACGGUGUGAAAGAGUCCUGGACUAAAUUGUUCAAUAUCACCGAGGCCAGCAUAGUUGGACCUUUGGUGAGUGCUCCACUUUCUUGUUCCAGAAAAGGAGAUGAAGUUCUGUUGAGAAGAGAAAAUGACAAUGGUGGGCUUUGCUGUUAUGAUAUGAAGGACAAAGCUGUCAAACCUGCUCUUAAGAUUCCCAGCAGCCUGAAGAUUCAUGGUGUCAAUCUUUGUGUCGUGAGCCUUGUUCCAGCCUCCUAUUCGGAGAUGAUUGGUUCUUCAGUGGAUGAACCAAAUGCGUGAGUCAUAUCUUUCUUAUUCAUCUUGUUUGGACUUUGGAGGAUAAUCGGUCAUGUUUUUUUGCUUAGUUAUUUGAGUUGCUGCAUUGCUGAGAGUAGAUGGUUCCUAAUGCGUAGAUCAGACCCAUGGUUGCUUAUUAAUUACUUGUGUUUUCUCUUGUUAUGACUUAAUUUCUGUAUUCCUGGUUAUGAUGCCUUGCAGAACUCGAUUACACCUGUAUUCGAUCUUGAAAUGAGCUAUGAUAUAUGAAGUUUUAUGUUUAA